CUCGGUUUACACACCAAAUACAGGACCGAUCCCAUUACUUGCAACACAGAAACCACAAACAGAAGCGACAACAAAAUGGCAAUCAUACUGCAAGAAGCGCAGGAGUGGUAUCGGGACCUAAUGGACAAUAAGAGCGAUCCUCGCGUUAACGACUUCUUUCUGCUAUCCUCGCCACUGCCCACACUGUGCAUGUGCAUAUUCUAUGCCUACUUCAGCAAAUCCCUGGGGCCCAGGCUGAUGGCCAAACGGAAACCGAUGGAGCUGCGAUCGGUUUUAGUUGUAUAUAACGCGAUACAAACAAUAUUUAGCGCGUGGAUCUUUUAUGAGUACUUAAUGAGCGGAUGGUGGGGCCACUACAGCUUCAAGUGUCAGCCCGUUGACUAUAGCACCACUGGCUUGGCCAUGCGGAUGGUCAACAUUUGCUGGUGGUACUACAUAUCUAAGUUCACCGAGUUCUUCGACACACUCUUCUUCAUUCUGCGAAAAAAGAACGAGCACGUCUCCACACUCCACGUCAUCCAUCACGGCUGCAUGCCGUUCUCCGUCUGGAUGGGUCUCAAGUUUGCACCAGGCGGUCAUAGCACCUUCUUUGCCCUUCUCAACUCGUUUGUGCACAUUGUGAUGUAUUUCUACUACAUGAUCGCCGCCAUGGGUCCAAAGUACCAGAAGUACAUCUGGUGGAAGAAGUACCUGACCACCUUCCAAAUGGUUCAAUUCGUGGCCAUUUUCACCCACCAGUUCCAGCUUCUGUUCCGCGAAUGUGAUUACCCCAAGGGCUUCAUGGUCUGGAUCGGAUUGCACGGCGUUAUGUUCCUGUUCCUGUUCUCCGACUUUUACAAAGCGAAAUAUCUCAACGCAGCUCGACGUCGCCGGCAGGCGGUCAAGGCCAAUGGCUAUGCCAACGGCUCGGCUUCGAAUGGGCACAGCAAGCAUCUUGGAGAGGGUGACGCCCUGGUUGCGAACGGCAGCAAUACUGGGGCUUGCAUGCCGGUGAUGGAGGACGAGUACGUCAAGAGCAAGGGGCAAUCCAAUGGUGCCUACAAGGACGGCUUUUUCAAGGAGGGCGUGUUAUCCAACAACGAUGCCAUCUUCAACCCGGACAGCAGUAGUUCUAGUCUGCACCAGCGCAAAGUCAAAUAA